GUGGGGAACUCUCUGACAAAGUUCCACUUCUCUGAUUGCCGGAUGUUCUGGAAGACCCCCUACACACUCUGGGUGUAUCUCGAGGAUAUGAGAGGAAAUCGCGACGGUUCGAAAACGGAGGCGAUCAACGUGACCACGCCCGCGAGCAACGACUUCAUCGACUCGCCGGCGUUGACUGCGCGGGCGGUUUCGGACACGGUGAGCAUCAGGUUCUCUGCGGAGAAAAAGGGUGUCUACUGGUGUCAGGUCACCGAAGAGAAGGAUUCGCCAUUGAUGGACGACUUCAGGCUGAAAAGAGUCACCGACGUGCUCGUUGGCAACCCGAACACCUGCGCGAAGUUCGCGCAACAGGUUCCCGCACAGACCAUGGUCUCCUGCGUUUUGACGGGGUGCAAUUUCAACGCCGAGAAGUUGUACACGGGCUUCAUCUACCUCGAGGAUGAAUUUGGUGGGGGCGACUCUACGACGGGGACAUUCCAAUCGGUGCCGAUCACGCUGUCCGUCAGCAACAGUUUUGCAAAGAACCCAACGCUAACUGCCGGUGUGGAACCAACGAGAGACGGACUGCAGGUCGACUUGCUUCCCUCAGGCGCGAGUGGGAACUUGUGGGGCAUGUUUGUGCGCGCCGCGGUGGCAGAGUUCGUCACAAGAGAUUCUUUACUGCAGUUUGUGAACGCGCAGGGCACCACCACCUGUCGUGCGGAGCAGUUGCCGCUGACCAGUAACACGGUCGUUACGAGACUUGCGUUCUCCGGUUGCUCCUUCUCUUUUGCGGAGUCGUAUCGUGGCUGCUUCUACGUCGAAGGGCCUGGGUUGAACCGUGAUGGUGUGCUGUCGACCUCGCUGUCCUUCGCCUUGACAACCUCGAACGCCUUCUCUAUCGCGCCCACGGUUUUGUCGAACCGAGGACGGUUAUCUGUCGACCAGCUUCAGAUUCGUUUCCGAACGCAGAACCCGGGGAAGUUCUGGCUGAAGAUCUUCUACGGCAACAAUGCGAAAGCGGACGUGCGGAUCAUGAAAAGAGAGGAGGACGUGUUGUAUUCGCCAAAUGUCGUGAAGCGUGCGACGACGCGGCAGCCGUCGGUCGCGGAAUUGGCAGCGAUUGACACGAAACUAGAGGAAAACGCAAUUUUGGAGGCGCCGUGCCGUUUCUUGAAUCAGGACAUCGACAACAACCUUCCCAUGUACAUCCUGCAAGACUGCCUGCUUUGGUACGAGACCAGCUACAUGAUCUUCGCCUACAUUGAAGACUCCGGCGGCAACAACGACGGGCGGAUUUCCACUCCGAUCCCCUUUUCCGUCUCCUUCUCGAACAGUUUUGUCUCGGUGCCAGCGUUAACCAGGACCCCUUUCGAAAACUUCGUGGAGUUGAAAUUCACACCGCUAAAUUCCGGCGUCGCUUUCGCUUCGAUCGUCGAGGAGUACUUGAUUCCGCAGCUGUCCCCGGAAAAUAUUCAAACGGCGGGGAAUUGCCGACUCCCAACCACUGCGGUUUUGUUCAACCGCGUCGAGACCCUGCGGUUUGAGGGCUGCAACCUGCUCCCCGCCAUGGUGUACGGUGCGUUCGUUUACAUUGAAGGAUCACGCACUUUCAACGAUGGGCAGGUGUCCGCCGUGGAUUUCGAACUUCCUCUGGCGAAUGACUUGCUCUUGUCCCCGCCCGAGAUCACGAACCUCGAUGCUGACGGGUUCACGCUGGUGUUC